GUCGCUGCAGCUCCGAGGAAUGGCGAUGGACAUGGUUGACAACCACAGGGAGAGCUGGGACUCUCUGGUGUGCGCCGCCGAGAAGUACCGGAAGCAGACGGGCAACGACGUGGUUUUGGUGAGCGCCUACCGGCCCAGGCUCCAGUCCAACUUCGCCUACGCCGUGAACGGCACCGGGGCCCUCGCUGACGCUACCAAGAGGCACCUUGACGACAUCGCGGUGUUCCACAAGACCUCGAGCUACAGCAACAACUCGGUGCCCGCGGGAGCCGGUGGAGGCGGAGACAAAGGCACGGACCAGGCCUUGGAACUGCCCGACGACUCCUUCUCCAAGAGCUACCCUUCCAUCUACGGCAACGGCAGCUUCCCGUCCGCAGACCGGCAGCUGGUGGAGCCCGGACCGGGCACCGGGGGCGAACCCGGAGUGGAGCUGCUGCGGGAUAGCCAGGGGGAGGAGGAGGAGGAGGAAGUGCGGGCGGAGGGAGAGGCGGAUAGGUGUAACCUAAACGAUUCUUCAGUCAUGUUUGUGAUGGACGAGGAGUCGACCAGCCAGGACUGCGAGCCCUUCUUCGAGUCGGACCUGGAUGGAGAGAGCACAGACGAUGGCAGCCUGAGCGAGGACCUUCCUGUUCGAGGUCAAAUCUUCGCUCAGGUCAGAUACCACCAGUACGCCAAGUCCCUGCCCGUCUCCGUGCCCAUCUGGGGCUUCAAGGAUCUCAAGUCAAAGAAGCUUGGCGACGGCGACAACGAGGAGAGGUUGCCGUCCCCGGACCUGGACAAGAUCGCGGCCAGCAUGAGGGCACUCGCCAUGAGCGUGACCGACGGGACCGAGAUGUUUGGUGAUCUGCCCCGACCCCGGCUCAACACCGGAGACUUCCAGAAGCCCUAUCGGAAAUACUAACCACUGUGUCCCCCAUUCUCCCC